AUGUUCUUCUCCCAAACAGUGCCAUCAGUGCGGCAUGCCGCCCUGGCUCUGGCCUUGAUCCACCGAAACUACCUGGACCGCGCGUCUGGCGACCGUGUGCACCAACCGCAGUCCUGGAAAGACUGGCCAUUGGGAAAGGCCCCCUUGCUUCACUAUAACCGGGCCAUUCAACUUCUUUUGCGCCAGCAAAGUGGUGACAGCACCGAAACAACAGCCAUCACCCUUUUGGUUUGCUACCUUUUCACCUGCUUCGACCAUCUGACGGGCAACUACGUACAAGCAAUAACACACCUACGCGGAGGUGUCGAGCUCUCACGUAACAUCGACAAGGCCAUACUGAACGACAAUAGUACAUAUGGAGAUGCCCAACCUUCAGGGCUUCGCACGCUUAUCUGCCAGGUUACAAGACAGAUCCGCCGUCUCGACAUGCAGGCCGUAACCUUUCUUGUCGAUUGGACUCCCACCGACUUGCAAGAUACGUUAAUAUCCCAGCUUCUUCCGCCCUCUGACAGUGCCUUUCGGUCUCUCGAUCAAGCCGCCGACCACCUCCAGCUCCUCAUCGCUCGGGUAACGAGGCUACUCAACACAGAGCAGCAGCUGUCCCCGGGGGGCGAGAUGCCGCCGUUACCCUCGUCGUUCAAGGAUAUCGUUCUCGGGCAGUUGGAAGCGUGGUCGGGUCUCUUCGACAGCAUGCUGCAACGAGGCCUCUCCACUGAGGCGAAUCCUGAUACUUACCGGCUCGUAUCGCUGCUGCGACUACAACAUACUACCCUAUGGGCCCUCCUCAGUAGCCACGGACCUGGCAGGGAGAUGGAUUAUGACAAAUCCCUGCCCCAGUUCCAGCGAUGCGUGGCCUUGGCGAGCGAUGUGGCGGCGGCGCAUGAGCAGUAUUCGGGCCCGUUCAAGCCGACUUUUACGCCGGAAACCGGAAUCCUCCCCGUCCUCUACAUGAUCGGAGUCAAAUGCCGGCAUCCCGUGGUCCGACGCGACGUCUUGCGUAUUCUGCGACGGCAACCGAUACGUGAAGCGGCCUGGGACAGCAUCUCGGCUGCCAGGGUGGUUGAGCGGGUAACCGAGAUCGAAGAGGCUGGGUCUGGGGAGGGCGGAAUUGCACAGAGCAUGGAGCAGAUUGCUGUGUGGCAGAGGAUCGAGGCUAUGUCUUGGGUAGAGGUUGUCAGCGGACAAUUCGUCGCCAGAUUGGACAUCACCUAUACGUUCUGUACGCGGGAGGGACUUCAUACCGAGUCCCUGAUGCUAUAA